AUGAUAGCUAAUCACAAAGUAAAAAUUAGCAUUUUAAAUUAUGUAACCAAUUACCUUAUCAUAAUCUUGUAAGAAGUAAUUUUUUUGUUUCUUGUUGUUGACGCCAUGGCUUACAAAAAGGAGAGCUUCAUUUGGAGGAGGAGCUCCUCCUUCCAUACACACAUAUAUUAGAAAGUUCCAGUAAAAACAUGCGCAGGCGCAUCGCAGAGGCUUUCAACCAUUGGAUGCAAAUAUCCGAUGAGAAGAUGAAUGAAGUCUUGCAAAUAGUUAAUAUGUAUCACAUUGCUUCUCUUUUAGCUGAUGAUAUCCAAGAUGGAGAUAACAUUAGACGAGGGAUUCCAGCAGCCCAUUGCGUUUUCGGUGUACCCCGGACACUCAAUGCAUCUGUACAUGUUAUAUUGCUGGUCAUGAAAGCAUGCCGGGAAUAUCAUCCUGAAGCAAUGGAUAUAUUUAAUGAGCAAUCUCUAGAACUAAUUCGAGGGCAGGGAAAAGAACUAUAUUGGAGGGAUAUGUUUAUCUGUCCCACUGAAGAAGAAUACAUGGGAAUGCUAAGGCAAAAGACGGGAGAAAUGUUCAACUUAGCAGCCAGACUGAUGCAGUUAGCGAGCUCAAAUACCAACGACUACUGCGCGUUUGGGAGGAAGCUUGGCAUGUAUUUCCAGCUAAGAGACGACUAUUGUAAUAUCUCACAGCCAGAGAAACUAGAAGAGCGACCAUCUGAUCAGAUCCUAAACGACUAUUACAUGGACCUAACAGAAGGCAAAUUCACAUUACCAAUCAUCCAUGCAGCUAGAAGUUUAAAAGGCACAGCAGUUCUGAAUAUAUUGAAACAACGUACUCAAGACAUCAAUUUGAAGCGAUUUUGCGUGAAGCUUCUGGAAGACCUAGGCAGUAUGGAGUAUACACGAAAGAUUCUACGGGACUUGGAUCGAGAUAUACGUGAAGAGAUCGCGCGCCUUGGCGGGAACCCAGCUAUGCUUUCAGUAAUGGAUCAGCUCCUCACUUGGGAAUAAACUUCCAAAUGAUUUGAAUGUGAUAUUUAUUUAGUAAUUCUAGAAGAUUCACUAAAAGAGCGGCUGAGCGACUUGGGAGUUGGUUUUUAGUCUAUUCUUUUGGGACAGUGAGAUCUUGAAGGUUUAAAUGUGGGUACGAUCCCUUGUUGCGUAGAGAAAAUUGUAUUUUGCGAAGUGAAUUUUUAUAAUAUAUUUUAUGAUUUUAUUUAUUAAAUAAUGUUUUAAAUACUUCCGCAAUUUAUUAAUGAAUAGAAUAGAAUAUUAAAAAGGUUUAUUUUUAUUAAAAAUUUUGAUUUCUUGUAUGAUAUUCAAAAAUUCUUGAAUUUUAAACAAUGAUUUUGAGUAGAAUAAAACUUUACCUUCUGUCCAUUACUACGCUGGCACUGUAGAGACAAUAAAAUGCAGUAAUAUUCAAAGAGUUUAUUACUGUUUUUUGUUAAAGUUUAUUAUUUAAAUGUAGGAACUUUAAUUACUUAUUGUACAAAACUGCCAGACGCACGAAAAAUUUAAUAUUAAUAUCAUAAUGUUAUAAAAAGCGGAGUUAAGCUUUUUAAAUAUGUAUUUUAUGUGUCUUAAUAAAACAGAUAAUAAAUUAUUCGUAAGUACGCUGUUUUUAUUUUUAAGCAACAUACGCAAAAACAAAGGAGAUUCUCAAGCCAUUGUUUAAGAAAUUAUUUGCCUAAAUUUGGUUUCUGAA